AAAUAUUCAAACAAAAAAAAUAAGAUAUUAGAGAACUUGUUGAAACCUUAAAAUACUUUUUUGCCAUUUGUAUACUAUACGUAAUUGGAAAGUAUGGAGUCUUCUACGUGAAUUCCUUAUCACGUAGAUUUACAAACAGAUAUACAUGAAACUGAAACAAGACCGAAUAUAUGUGUCUGAAGAAGAUUGAAAACAGACAGAAGGAGAAAACAUGAGAAUAAGGAGAAGGGAAGAGGUGGAAGAACUGAAGAGGCAGCUACGGUUAGCAGUGCCUCUUUUCUCAGUUGGAAUUUUACAAUACAUUCUGCAAACAAUCUCUGUAAUGUUUGUUGGCCAUCUUGGUACCCUCCCUCUUGAUGGUGCAACCAUGGCCACUUCUUUUGCAUCAGUCACAGGCUUCAACUUAUUGAUGGGGUUGGCCACUGCACUGGACACGUUUUGUGGUCAGUCAAAUGGGGCAGGACAGUACCAUAUGCUUGGCAUAUAUAUGCAGAGAUCCAUGCUUGUGGUUUUAAGUAUGAGUGUGUUCAUUGCCAUGAUCUGGGCCAACACAGAGCCAAUUCUAAAGGCCAUGCAUCAGGACAAGGUCAUAUCCGAGGAAGCUGGCUCAUAUGCCCGUUACAUGAUCCCAAGUUUAUUUGCUUAUGGUCUUCUUCAGUGCAUGCUCAAGUUCUUGCAAACCCAAAACAUUGUGCUACCAAUGGUGGUAACUUCUGGAAUUGCAGCAGUGCUGCAUGUCCCUUUCUGUUGGCUUUUGGUUUUCAAGUCAGGGCUUGGAAGCAGAGGAGCAGCCUUGGCCAAUUCCAUAUCUUACUGGGUAAAUGCAAUCUUGAUUUUCCUUUAUGUGAGGUUCUCUUCUUCAUGCAAACAAUCUUGGACAGGCUUUUCAAAGAUGGCCUUCCACAACCUACCUGAAUUCCUUAAACUCGCUGUUCCUUCUGCUCUUAUGCUCUGCUUGAAAGUGUGGACAUUUGAACUGAUGGUCCUCAUGUCUGGUCUUCUUCCUAACCCAAUAUUAGAAACUUCGGUGCUUGCAAUAUGCCUUAAUACUUUUGGUCUGGCUUGGAUGAUCCCUUUUGGAUUCAGUGCUGCUGUAAGUAUUAGAGUCUCCAAUGAACUGGGGGGUGGAAAUCCAAAAGCUGCAAGUGUAGCAGUUAGGGUGGUGCUGUCAAUGGCCUUCAUUGAAGGGAUGGUUUUAGUUUCAGCAAUGAUUCUUCUGCGGAAUGUGUGGGGGCAUGUUUACAGCAAUGACAAAGAGGUAAUCAGAUACGUGUCCUUCAUGAUGCCAACUUUGGCAAUUUCUAGCUUUCUAGAUGGCAUCCAAAGUGCACUUUCAGGCAUUCUUGCAGGAUGUGGGUGGCAAAAGAUUGGUGCCUGUGUGAAUCUUGCAUCGUUUUAUGUUGUGGGGGUUCCUUCUGCUGUAGUAUUAGCAUUUGUUGUACACAUGAAAGCCAAGGGGCUUUGGUUGGGGAUAAUUUUAGCAUUUGUUGUGCAAGUGUUGUUUUACAUAGUCAUUGCUUUUCGAACUGAUAUGGAGGAACAAGCAAGGAAAGCUCAAAGCAGAGUUGAACGUUCAGCCAUCUCGCCAACUACCAGAGAGUGUGUGAUACCACAUUAGAAACCGGAACUUGUCCCUAAUCAGUUAUUGUUAUUGGUUGGUUUUAUCAUUCUGGUCCGAAUAACCACUCAAAAUGACUAUUUAAUUCUGAAUGAGUUUCAUCAUUAUUUCAACAAAGAGAAUUGUUAACAUA